AUGGCUCUCCCUGGCCGCACAGCUGCUACGCUCCUGAAUGGCUAUGGUGGCAAGCAGGGCCAGUUCCGCUUCACCAACCACGAAGGUCUGAGCGUGUAUGCUCAGUUCGACGUUACCGACAAUGGCGAUGUGUUCAAUAUUCCUGGAGAUGAUUCUGCAAAGCUGCCGCCAGUGCCUGAGUACUAA